GCUAAGAGCUCGAUGAAAAAGAUUGAUUGGAUAUUGGAUUCUUAACCUUGGAAUCAAGCCGCGUCAGUUAAAACUAUUCUCAAUGCUGUUCGCUGAAGCUGUUGACAACAAUAAGAGUCUUAACCUGACUAUUUGUCGCUCAAAAGAAACCAGGUUUGACGACUGUAGAGUUUAUUAUUUUCAGGCUGUGUCGUGUUUAUGUGUAUCGAGAUGUUAUAGAGGUUCACAAUGGUAUUCGAAAUAAUAGAGUAAAACUAAAUGGUGUGAAUAUAUCCUUCAUGAGCUGCAGAAAUCUUUGCUCAUCUAGGGAAGACAGUAUAUCUGUUAGCUUUGAUGCGUCGUUCGACUUGGUUUGUGAGGACAAUAGUGACUUUUACAAGAUGGAGAACAAUAUUUGUGCUGCUGAAACCACUAUAUGUGGAUUUUGUGAACAAAAACUUGGAAACAUAAAAGACAUCAAAUGUGAUACUAAUCUUCAGAAACCCAUUUUGCUUGGGGAAGAUUGUCUGAGUAUUGAGGGUGGUUUUUUCUGUCAUCAGAACAAAGAUAACCCUCCCACGGUGACUGAAACUUCUGUAGACGCGCAAACGUUAUUGUUCGAACACGAUCUAAACUCCUCCUUGAACUGUCGUUCCACUGGUUUAGAAAUGGUAUUGGACUGUUCAUUUGUUGAACAAAACUCUUUUUCAGUCAAGAAAAAUAAUUACGUCCAUUGUUCAUGUUGUCAGAUGGCAUUGGGAAAAAAAGUUUCAUGUGGUCUUCGAGAAUAUGUGGUUUUUUGGACUAAUCGUGUUAACCUACUAAUCAGAGAGAAAGGUACUGAUGACAAUUCCAUCAGUUUGGUUAAAAAACCAUUAAUAUUUGACGAUUCGAAAUUCUACGGUCUGUUGAUUACUAAUUUGGUAGAAAGUAAUCACUAUCGAAUUAUUUUAUCCGCCAUAACAUGGGAUGGCCUUAUAGACUUCAUGUUGAUUUGGCUACCUGAUCAAAGGAUAAAUCUGUACACAACUUCUUUAGAAGAAUGUAAAUCAUCUACAGCAGACAACCGAAAAAAACCUCUUAAGGCAGAUGGGAAUAGUGUGUCAAGUUCAAUCCACUGUAUAAACGUUGAGCCAAAUACUUGUCGUCGCGUGUUUUAUCGAUUAGUAUUUCCAGAUAACUCUUCAUCAAAUAAAUCACGGUUGCUUGAUUCAUGGCGUAAAGAUUUUGGAGUUACAUUAAUCCAUUUGCCAAUAGAAACGUGUAUUGGAUUUUCAGAGUGUUUACGUCAAUCCUCUUUACAAAUUGCACCGCACACAAGAGAAUUGAAUGGUCCAAUGGCCGGGUUCAUUUCGGGUGCUGUCCCAUUGAUUAACGCUAGCAAAUGAAUCAAAAUUACAUGAUUACUACUUGCAAACGGUGUUGUACAUACGAGAUGUUAACAAAUAUAACCCUAUUCAUACAGUCCUA